CUUUAGUCAGGAGAGGGUGUUGUUUGUCGUACGUCCAAUUCCAUUACUACUUAAUUUUGCCACACUUAAUUUAAUUCCUAUCUCGUUUAUCUCUCCAUCAUUACGUUAUACGAAAGAAUGUCCACAAUAUUUCGACCGAAAGCGGAGAACUGGUGCAUUUCGAAAUGUGACGUCGAGAAAGUUCAUUUUGAGUGGAACAUUCAACAGUGGUUGCUCGUAACUUCCGAAGGUCAAGAUGACUUGUCCGUGCAAUUUCAAGAGAAGAAAAGACCCUCUGUGAUUUGGUGUGUGACACUCCACAAUAGAAAAGGUCACGUCACUCUUGGUGUGUCCCAGCCGUCCCGUCAUUACACAGACCAAUCCUACCGAGUGGAGAUGACAAUUCUGAAUGAAAAAGCAAAAGGAGGAAAGGCUUGGUCUCAGACAGUUAUCGUGCCGAAGAAAUUUGAUGGGAUUUAUGAAUUUAUGAAGAUUGACAAACUUCUGAUGGAAUACCAGUACAUGUUAUCGGACGGCAGUGUAACCGUUAGUUGCGAGAUUCAGUAUAUAACUAAGGAAGAAUCGGUAUCGGAUAAGGGCAUUACUCAUUGCGCUCAGCCAGCAUCAAUUAAUUGCACCAAUCAAUUGGUUACCCAGCUUCUUAACGUCCAUGGGCGCCAAUUUGAAGCUCACAAAUGUAUUUUGGUAUCCAGUAGUAAAGUAUUUGAGGCCAUGUUCAACCACCCUACCAAGGAAAAUAUCACAAAUCAAGUUGUGAUUGAAGACAUUCAACCUGAAGUAUUUCACGAACUCCUUCGUUUCAUUUACACCGGCCGCUUGACUUCAACUACGAUGGAAACAAUGGCUGCCAGACUGUUUGCGGCUGCCGACAAAUAUUUGCUGGAUCAACUAAAAUCGGAAUGCGAGUCUCAUUUGCUUCGUCAAAUGUCGGCCGAGAAUUGCAUGGAAUUGCUUCUGCUCAGCAGCGACCAGAUCCACCCAGCGGAUAAUUUGAAGAAAAAUGCAGUGGACUUCUUCCGGCGUUAUCCACGUGAAGUGAUGGCGAUUGAUGGAUGGAAAAGGGCGAGACAAGAACAUCCCAAUCAUUCUAUUUGGAAUUUGUUGUAGCGAGAUUAUAUGGACACUGCCAUUUUGGUUUUUAUAUAAUCGUAUACAAAGAAAAUCAUUUUUUUUUCGGCUUGUUCCAGUCCUGAUUUAAUGGUAUUGAUGCCUUAAGACAGAAAUUCUUUUUUGAAUACCCUCGGUCAGGUGUGACACUUAUUUGUAGAGUAUAUUCUGAAAUAAAAAUAAUUCCAUUCUCA